AUGUCCCUGGCCACGGACGCCGCGGGGCGGAGGCGUCGGGUUGUCGGUGGCGACUGGCCCUUGGCCGAGGGGUGGCUGCUGCUCCUGGCGCUGCUGGUGCUCCCGGGGACGCCCGGGACGCGGGCUUUCGUCUGCCUGCCUUGCGACGAGUCCAGGUGCGAGGAGCCCAAGAACUGCCCCGGCGGCGUCGUCCUGGACAUCUGCGGCUGCUGCUUCAUCUGCGCCCGGCAGCGCAACGAGAGCUGCGGCGGCUUCUUCGGGCUGCACGGCGCCUGCGACCGCGGGCUUCGCUGUGUGAUCCGCCCGCCGCUCAACGGCGAUUCUCUCACCGAGUACGAAGCGGGAGUCUGCGAAGAUGAAAACUGGGAUGAUCAGCUACUUGGAUUUGAGCCUUGCAAUGAAAACCUCAUAACAGGCUGCAAUAUAAUCAAUGGAAAAUGCGAAUGUGAUACUAUUAGGACCUGUAGUAAUCCCUUUGAGUUUCCAAGCCGGGAUACUUGCCUGUCAGCUUUAAAAAAGAUUGAAGAAGAAAAACCGGACUGCUCCAAAGCACGUUGUGAAGUGCAGUUUUCUCCACGCUGCCCAGAGGACUCUAUUCUGAUUGAAGGCUAUGCUCCCCCUGGAGAAUGCUGCCCUCUUCCAAGCCGCUGUGUUUGCAAUCCUGCAGGAUGUUUGAGGAAGGUCUGCCAACCCGGCUAUUUGAAUAUAUUGGUUUCUAAAGCAUCAGGAAAACCAGGGGAAUGCUGCGAUUUCUAUGAAUGUAAACCAGUGUUCAGCGUGGACUGUAGUACAGUGGAAUGCCCUCCUGUUCAGCAAGUUGCCUGUCCUGUGGAUAGCUAUGAAACUCAAGUCAGGCUGACAGCUGAUGGAUGUUGCACUCUUCCCACAAGGUGCGAAUGUCUCUCAGGUUUAUGUGGUGUUCCAAAAUGCGAGCCAGGCUACAUCCCCCAAAUAGUGUCACGUGGAGACGGAACACCUGGCAAGUGCUGUGAUGUCUUUGAAUGUGUCAAUGAAGUGAAGCCAGCGUGUAUAUUUAAUAGUGUGGAAUAUAAUGAUGGAGACAUGUUCCGAAUGGACACUUGCCGGUUUUGUCAAUGCCAAGGUGGUGUAUCUAUUUGUUUCUCCGCACAAUGUGGCGAGCUACACUGUGAUAGAUACUAUGUACCAGAAGGAGAGUGCUGUCCAGUAUGCGAAGAUUCCAUUUCUCCAAUUAGUAACCCUGCAGGCUGUUAUGCUAAUAGUCAGAUUCAAGCACAUGGUGACCGCUGGAGGGAAGAUGAUUGUACUUUCUGCCAGUGCAUCAAUGGAGAGUCCCAUUGUGUGGCCACAGCCUGUGGACAAAGUUGCUUGAAUCCUGUAAAGGUUCCAGGAGAAUGUUGUCCAAUGUGUGAAGAGCCAACCUACAUCACAAUCGGUCCACCUACAUGUCCUCCUUUGGUGAACUGUACACUAAAAGAGACAGACUGUAUUUAUGACUUCAAAGUAGAUCAAUAUGGUUGCCGCAUCUGCCAGUGUAAAACUAGGGAGGAGCGGUGUACCGAUCUCAUGUCAGAUUGUUCCUUGGACUGUGACUUUGGUUUCCAGACUGAUGUCCAUAAUUGUAAGAUCUGUCAGUGCCACCCACGACCUAAGAAAUGCAAACCCAUAGUAUGUGACAAGUACUGUCCCUUUGGAUAUUUCAAGAACAAACAUGGAUGUGAAAUCUGUCGUUGUAAGAAAUGCCCAGAGCUUUCAUGUGGGAAGAUCUGUCCAAUGGGCUUCCAGAAAAAUAACCAAGGAUGUAAUAUCUGUAAAUGUGCUGGUAUGUGCAACUACUUCAGAUGUAUUUUUUACAUUCUUUGCAUCAAAUACGAUUAA